AUGAAAGCUGCAAGAUACCACGCGCAGCGUGAUUUGCGGGUUGAGGACGUUGAUGUCCCACAAAUCGCAGACGACCAAGUCCUGAUCGAAGUCGAAUGGUGCGGGAUAUGUGGUUCUGAUUUGCACGAGUAUCUAGUCGGACCGGCGGUCAUUCCUAGGAAGGAGACACCCCAUCCACUGACCGGGGCAGUCUUGCCUGUAACGAUGGGCCACGAAUUUUGUGGUCGAGUGAGUAAGGUUGGCUUAAAUAGCAAGUUACAAAUCGGACAACCUGUCAUGGUCGAUCCACGAGUCUUUUGUUCCAAUUGUCAUUCCUGCAAUGUCGGCGACACGAACAUCUGCAAUAGCUGGGGAUUUCUGGGCCUGCAGUCAAACGACGGGGGAGGUUAUUCAGAAUACGUUGCAGUCAAAGAGGACAUGUGCUAUGUCCUGCCUGAUUCGGUGUCCUUGUCCGAAGCCGCAUUGAUCGAGCCAUUGACGGUAGCAAGACAUGCAACAAAGAAGUCAGGAUUUGACGACUAUGUGGACAAGACGAUACUUGUCCUUGGCGGUGGACCUGUUGGGUUAGCAUUAAUAUUUGUGUUAAAAGCCUCUGGAGUCGGCAAGCUCAUCGUGAGCGAGCCAACGAUUAAGCGGCAAGAACAGGCAGCGGAAUUUGUGGAUGUGGUGUUGAAUCCGAGGGAGGUCAACGUGGCAGAGAAAUGCCGAGAACUAACAGACGGUAAGGGGGUGGACAUUGUGUUUGAUUGCGCAGGAAUCAUGCCAGGUCUGAAAGAUGGUAUGGAUGCUCUUCGACGAGGUGGAACCUACGUUAAUGUCGCUGGAUGGGAGAGAGAAUGCAUUGUGCCCAUGGGGCAUUUCAUGUUGAAGGAGAUCAUCUUCAGAGCAUCAAUGAGUUAUACUGAAGCCGAUUUCAAGCAGACUGUGGAUGAAUUCGUGGCAGGAAAAUUCAAGGGAUUCGAGAAACUGGUUACGGCAAGAAUAGCAUUGGACGACGUCGUAACAAAAGGAUUUGAGGAGCUAAUCAACAACAAAGAUGACCACGUCAAGAUCAUGGUGACCCCAAAGAAGGAGCUGUUAGCGCACUGA